GCGUCAAAGCAACAACAUCAGGGCAGCCGUUUACAUUUUGAAAUUUCUAUUUCAAAAGAACUCACGUGUGGCUAUAUAUUUCUCACACGUUUGGUUAUCUGCCUCAAUUCCACUGCGUUUCAAAACCUUUGGUUACUUUUCACGGUGAAAAGCGAGCACAAGACAAAGGAAAGCGCAUGGUUCGUCUGAAAUGCCAGGUUUACUCUGCUGGAAGACAUGAACUGAAAUGAUUUUUCGCUUCCUUCGAAAUUCCAUGGGUUCAUUUUGAAGCAAGAGAGUAGUGAAAGUGAUGCUGCUUUGGCUGUAGUGCCAUUUACCUUCUUUGGAAUCUAGAAGGAGAGAUUACAGUGUACUGCUGCUAAAAGACUCUCGAUAUUUAACUUUGAAUUGUCCAGGCCGGUUUAUGUUUUGUCUUUAAAAUUAGCUGGCUGAACUUAUCAUUAUCAGCCUUGUUUUGAGCUCAGAACAACAGCAUUUAAGUCAUUGUUACGGCUGCAUUUCAACAAGUGAAAGUGUGGUUCAAACAUUUGUGUUCCGGAUUUGUUGGCAAUCCAUCCUGGACCGGAGCUUCCGAAUUGAUCAUUCAACUUUCAAUGUGCAUUUUCAGUCUUAUGAACAACUUGCAAAGUGAAAACGAUUGAUUUUUCGUAGAAGGCCUAGCACUUCGACAAACUGAAGACAACCCUUGAAUUUCAAAGCACGUGUACACAUCGAAAACAGCUGAAAAUGGACCCAGGGUAUGAAAGAAGACUUCUACGUCAACCCAAUGGACGUAGUCCUCUUGCUAAUUCUCCAUGUUUGAGUGGAAUGAUGCAUUUCAGUUCACCUCAUCUUAGCCCACUGAGCUCUCCCAGUAGAGAAAAAUAUGGAGACAGGUUUAUACCAAGCCGCACUAGUCCAGCACUUGAGCUUAAUUUUAAUUUAAUACAAGAAAAUAGUGAUCCAGCAAAGAACAGUGCAGUCACAAGAGAUGCCAGCGUGGAUUCCAAAGAGGGAAUGGCAUACCAGUGCCUGCUAAAGAAUGAACUUCUUGGUGCCGGAAUAGAGGACCUAAAGGAUGUACCACAAGAGGAAAGGAAAGCACUUUCAAGCAACAGUAAUCACAUACAUAGUAUAUUCCAGUACCAAGUGAAAAGAAGUAAACAAGAUGAUACAGAAUCAGUGGCGUCCUAUUCACUGUCACCUGUAGGAAAGAAAAGUCAAAGACUGUUAAGAUCACCAAGAAAGUCUACAAGAAAAAUUUCCAAGAUACCAUUUAAAGUGUUAGAUGCUCCAGAACUACAGGAUGACUUUUAUCUCAAUCUUGUGGAUUGGUCAGGACAGAAUAUUUUAAGUGUUGGCUUAGGAACUUGUGUUUAUCUGUGGAGUGCCUGUACCAGUCAGGUUACCAAACUCUGUGACCUUGCAUCUGAUGGGGACUCUGUGACAUCUGUAUCUUGGUCAGAAAGGAGUGGUCUGGUAGCUGUUGGAACUCACAAAGGCCUUGUUCAAAUCUGGGAUGCAGGUGCACAAAAGAGAGUGUCUACUAUAGAGGGUCAUACUGCUAGAGUUGGUGCUCUGGCGUGGAAUGGUGAUGUGCUCUCAUCAGGGAGUAGGGACAGGCUGAUUCUACAGCGUGAUGCUAGAACACCUAAUGCAGUUGAGAGAAGAUUGAUUGGACACAGGCAAGAGGUUUGUGGACUGAAGUGGUCCCCAGAUCAUCAGCAUUUAGCAUCAGGAGGCAAUGAUAACAAGCUGUUGGUUUGGAGCAUGUCUAGUCUGUCACCUGAGCAACAGUAUAGUGAACACUCAGCAGCUGUCAAAGCCAUUGCUUGGUCUCCACAUCAGCAUGGUUUGUUGUCUUCUGGGGGUGGUACAGCAGACAGGUGCAUUAGGUUUUGGAACACAUUAACAGGACAACCACUACAGUGUGUGGACACUGGCUCACAGGUGUGCAACUUAGCGUGGUCGAAGCAUUCAAAUGAACUGGUCAGCACGCAUGGCUAUUCACAAAACCAGAUCUUGGUCUGGAAAUACCCAUCAUUGACUCAAGUGGCCAAGCUGACGGGUCACUCUUACAGGGUUCUUUACUUGGCCGUAUCACCUGAUGGAGAGGCUAUAGUGACAGGAGCAGGCGAUGAAACUCUCCGAUUUUGGAAUGUCUUCAACAAAGCCCGCUCGCAUAAGGAAUCCAAGUCAGAGCUCAAUCUGUUCUCCAGAAUAAGAUGAUGUUUACCCUGAGAACUGGAUCUUUAAUGCAAAAGUCUGUUAUUGGAUUUGUGCUACAUGUAAGAUGUAGAAAUAUGCACCUGGUCACAUGAUUAUCACUUAAGUAUGAGUACACUGUAUUUUUUUUUUUGUACUGAGUAAUGGUCUUCGUUUAAGACAAAGCUUUCUUUCUAAAACUUCAAUUCUUGAAGGAGAAUACUGUCUGUUGAUUUUUCUACAUUUCUAGGAUUAAGGAUGUAAGAUCUUAGCAUUAUUUCGGACUCAAGUACAAAUUUUCUUUUUUCUCCGAUAACCUGUGUUAUCAAAUGUAUUUAAAUCAGUGGUCUCGUGUUGUACACUUUGGCAAAAUUGUGACUGAUUGCAUUUUUCACUGCACUAAGCAUAUUUAAUUUUAUUGAAAAUUAUCUCAUUUAAAACAGUAACACUUGAUAGAAGCUAACAUUGUUUCAUUUGAAACCCGUAAACAAGCCAUAUCCAAUUAGCGACACAAUCGUGGCUGACUGCCGACCAUAUAAUCUAUUUUGCUCGCAAAAGCUAACCACACCUUUUUUUCGUCACGCAAUGUUUUGUUUGCUAGUAAGGAGGAUUUCAUGACGAUCCAGUCACGCUGGCGAGGUCAGGAGUACCUCGUGAGACGUACCGUGCCAGCAGAGCCUUUUCUUCUUUUCUUCUUCUUUCCUUCUUUUUAACCCUCCAAGGGAAAAGGCUCUGCCGACAUCCUGUUGUUGCUUUGAAAUGCUGAAAGCCCAAGAGUCCGGGCUAGUCAAGCCGGUUUUGCCUCCAGUGAACCGGUUUUGGUGCGCACGUCUUUGUUUUUCAUGUACACAGAUGACCCAAUCUGCGCCCACAAUAGUUCAAGGGGGCCUGGAAAAGGACCAGUUUCCAGGCAACCGCCGCGCAUGUUCAAACGAGCAACAACAGGAUCUCGACAGAGCCUUUUUCCCUUUUCGAUUCGAUGACGGGUUAAAAAGGAUCUGCUCGCAGGCUACGUGAAACGAAGAAUGAACAUAAUUUUAGAAAUCCAUUUUAAGGACAUUUUACAGAAACGAUGUGAUAAAGAGUUGGGUUACGGGUUAAAUGUAAACGAAGUCAUAAUAUGAAAUGAUAUGAAACCACAAACGGUGAAAAAGGAAUAAAAAAUAAACGACAAUCGUUCAACUUACCAUA